AUGAGCUGGAUCAUGACCUUCACGGUUGCAGCUGUGUGCUUUGUGACACUGUCGUUGGAGGCGAGUGUAAUUGUCUGUGCUGGUGUGGUUUUUUUUUGGUGUCCAGCGGUUCAUGCAGCCCAAGGCCACUUCGCAUAUCAACUGCUAAAUGACCUUAUGGAGAAUUAUUCGAACGAGCUGAGGCCCGUGGAAGACACUGACAAAACACUCAACGUCACACUGCAGGUCACAUUGUCUCAGAUUAAAGACAUGGACGAGCGUAACCAAGUUCUUAUAGCUUACCUGUGGAUAAGGCAGACAUGGUAUGAUGCCUAUCUGAAGUGGGAUAAAGACGACUAUGAUGGCCUCGAGGUCAUCCGCAUCCCCAGCAGCAUGGUGUGGAGACCCGACGUAGUGCUUUACAACAAAGCUGAUGACGAUUUGCCCGGCCCAAUGGACACUAAUGUUGUGUUGCGAUACACCGGUGAGAUCACAUGGGAUGCCCCAGCCAUCACCAAAAGCUCAUGUGUGGUGGACGUGUCCUACUUCCCUUUUGACAGCCAGCAGUGUAAUCUCACCUUUGGCUCUUGGACCUAUAACGGCAAUCAGGUGGACAUCACCAUGGCGAUGGCUAGCGGUGACCUCUCGGACCUAGUGGAGAAUGUGGAGUGGGAGUGUGACGGCAUGCCUGCCACCAAGAAUGUGAUCAUGUACGGCUGCUGCUCGGACCCGUACCCGGACAUCACAUACACACUGCUGCUACGCAGACGCUCCUCGUUCUACGUCUUCAAUCUGCUGCUGCCUUGCUUCCUCAUCUCCUUCCUGGCACCACUUGGCUUCUUCCUGCCUGCAGACUCAGGUGAGAAGGUCUCGCUGGGUGUCACCGUGCUGUUGGCGCUCACUGUUUUCCAGCUGGUGGUGGCCGAGAGCAUGCCACCCUCUGAGAGUGUGCCGCUCAUAGGUAAAUACUACAUUGCGACAAUGACAAUGAUCACGGCCUCCACCUCUCUCACCAUCUUCAUCAUGAACAUUCACUUCUGUGGUGCUGAAGCCAAACCAGUCCCUCACUGGGCCAAAGUGCUCAUCAUUGGCUACAUGAGCAGGAUCUUCUUCGUCUAUGAAGUUGGAGAGAGCUGCACCUCAUCACUAGCACGGAAGAAAGAUGUGGAGAAAUGCCAUACACAGAAACCAACCAAGCAGAAUCCAGAACCAACCAGGAACCCUUCAGGUCUCACUUGCUGUCCUGAUGAUGAAAAACUACUUUCCCCAAAUGUGACCUUUGACCCCUGCAUAUUUUGUGGGCCGCAUUGUGGUGGUUUUGGGGGAGACCUGAAGCUCAUCAAGAACGUCGAGUACAUUGCGAACUGCUUCCGGGAGCAGAAGUUGACUUCCCUGAAAGUAGCUGAGUGGAAAAAGGUGGCCAAGGUGAUGGACAGGUUCUUUAUGUGGAUCUUCUUUGCUAUGGUCUUCCUUAUGAGCAUCCUCAUCAUCGGCAAGUCGUCAUGACCACAUAGAACUACAUGAAUGCUUGUAUGUACAUAUAAACGCACACAUACAUAACCGACUGUGAGCAGUGUGUCAGAUAGUGAGUCUGAAACUGGAUGCCGUGUGUGUUCUCCUGUUCCUCUCUCG